AUGGUCAACCUUGACGAGAUAGAAGCAAUGCUUCUCCAAAAGCCCUCCGGGGAUGCGCCCGAGGAGUCUCUCGAGCGACUACAGUCAAAGUACAAGUCUCUUGAUACCUUCAAGCUGGAGAAGGGGCGGAGCUACCAGCAACAGUAUGCAGAUACAUACUUUCUACGACUCACGCAGAUCAAGCCAGCAGUUGAGGAGGUGGCCGAGGCUGCAUGGGAGGGCACUGUCAUCGGAGGCGAGACGGCAAAGAAAGUCAGUCGAGUGCUGGACGUGAGGCAGGGUGAACUGUGCUGGGUCGCCGGCACGGUCUAUGUGGACAUGCCCAUGAAGCCAAACAUUCUAGACGACGUCUCCAAAGAUCGCUGGAUCUCUGCGCCGAGUUCCGUAGUGAAGUACUUCUCCGAUGACGGGCGUGACGCCGUUAUGCUUGAAGACGACUCGGGUCGGCUCCGGCUGACUGGCGAUUUUCUCAAGUCUCACGUGCUGGUGACAGGCUGUAUCGUUGCCGUCAUGGGAACCGAGAACGAAAGUGGAGAUUUCGAGGUCAUCGAUGUCAAGUUCGCCGACUUGCCUCCUCAGCCGGACCGAUGGGCCGUCACAAACCCGACCGGCACCAAUGGCUCGGCAAAGGGCAAGACAGCUACGAAGGGAGGGGAUGUUGACAUGACAGAUGCCCCUUCAACAGGGACAGGCGGCAAGAUUGCCAUUGUCUCGGGCCUCAACUUCUCUGGCGACGACACAUCAUACACUAUGGAGCUGAACCUGCUGCUGGAAUAUCUACUUGGGGAUGCUCUAGAUCCCAGCGCCCAGGCAGAACUCUCCAAGAUCAGCAGGCUCAUCAUCGCCGGCAACUCUAUAAUUGCUGCCAACUCGCACGCUGAUGUCUCUGCUACUGCAGACAAGGUAGCUACGUCAAAAAAGUACGGCUACGACUCAAGUGCAUACAACGCACUCCCCUCGCAGAUAUUCGACGACUUUCUCUCCGAGCUCCUCCCCAGCCUACCCGUCACUCUCCUACCAGGCGAGCAUGAUCCAGCCAACGCAAGUUACCCCCAGCAACCCGUUCAUAUGGCUGUGUUUCCAAAGUCACGAGCCUUUGCUGCGGUGCCGGAUUCUGAUGAGAAGGGCUGGCUCGACGCUGUGACCAACCCGUGGGAAGGCGAGGUGGAUGGCUGGCGACUGCUCGGGACGGGAGGUCAGAACGUGGACGAUGUCUUCAAGUAUGUGGACAGCGAGGAUCGACUGGGCAUGAUGGAAGCGAUGUGCCGGUGGCGAUGCAGUGCGCCAACUGCACCAGACACAUUAUGGAGUUAUCCUUUUCAGGAUGACGACCCUUUUGUCAUGAAAGAGUGCCCUCAUGUCUACUUCGUUGGCUGUCAGCCCGAAUUUGGGUCCAGGGUCAUAUCAGGACCCGAUGGUCAGAUGGUUCGACUGAUUGCGGUGCCAUCCUUCUCGGCGUCCAAGGAGAUUGUUCUCCUCGACUCAGAAACAUUGGACGUAACACGAGUAAAGAUUUCGGCCUCAUGA